AUGUCGACUCCACGCUUUGCUACCUUUCAAGGAUGCAGGAAUUUCAGACUGCUGAUAGUGUUGGCUACGUUGUCGGGAAAACCUAUUCGAGUCGAGAAAAUCAGGUCGGACGACUUGAACCCAGGUCUGCGAGACCAUGAAGUAUCAUUCUUGCGGCUGAUGGAAGCUAUGACAAACGGUAGCUCUAUUGAAAUAUCGUAUACUGGUACAACGGUCAUCUACAGACCAGGGAUCAUUACAGGCGGCUCAUAUACACACCAGUGUCCUCCUGGCAAACCCGUGGGAUACUAUGUGGAGCCAAUGUUAUACUUGGCGCCUUUCUCCAAGAAGAAGUUUUCAGUCAUUUUCCGUGGCGUAACAGCUUCGCACCAGGAUGCUGGCUUGGAGGCCAUUAAGUGGGGGCUGAUGCCCAUCAUGGAGAAGUUUGGUGUCCGGGAGUGUGCUCUACAUACUUUGAAGCGUGGCUCGCCGCCUCUCGGUGGCGGUGAAGUGCACUUGGUUGUUGACUCGCUGAUUGCACAACCAAUUACUAUGCAUGCGCUGGAAUCGCCUCAGAUUUCGUCAAUUCGAGGUGUUGCCUAUUCGACAAGAGUCAGUCCCUCUAUGGUCAACCGGAUGAUAGAUGGCGCAAGAAAAGUAUUGAAAAAUGUUGGAUGCGAAGUUGAUAUCACCGCUGAUGUUUGGAGGGGUGACAAUUCCGGUAAAAGCCCUGGCUGGGGGAUAACACUGGUCGCCGAGAGCAAAAAGGGAUGGAGGUACUUCUCAGAAGGCAUAGGUGACGCUGGUGAUGUUCCUGAAGACAUAGGCGCUCUAAUAGCGUAUGAACUACUCGAAGAGAUUUCAAAGAGUGCAGUCGUCGGAAGAAGCCAGUUGGCUCUGGCUAUCGUGUUCAUGGUUAUUGGCAAAGAAGAUAUCGGCAGACUUAGAAUCACCAAGUCUCAAAUCGACGAAAAGUUCAUCUGGCUACUGAGAUAUAUUAAACAAAUAUUUGGCACCGAGGUUUUCCUGAAACCUGUAGACGACGCAGACAGCGACGAUUUGAUAGCCACUAUCAAGGGAGUUGGUUUCACUAAUACCAAUAAAAAAAUAGCAUAA